CCCACGUGUGUACGAAACAAAGAGGGUGGAGAAAUUUAUUGUCUGUGGAUAUUUCCCGUUAAUCGGGACGUUUUUGUUGAAUGUGUUUUCGUAAAUAGCACCGGAAUAUAAGGUGCAUGGCAGGGUUUAAACUUGGGAUCGUGAGGCUCGGCCAAGCGGCAGGAAAGAUCAAAUAUGCACUGUUGGAUGAGAGAGACAUUUCACUUGUGCAAGACUAUGCUUUUGAGGCACGUACAGAGAUUGACCAGGACGGUACAGGGGCCAAGGUUUAUGCUUACGCCUAUAGAAUGCACUCAGGAAGACAUACUGGCCAACAUUUACAUGAAAUCAUCUGGGAGAGACAUAGUGGAGGUAUUGCCCCAGGAUGGAAAGUUAUCCACAAGAACAACAUCACUGUAGACAAUCGUUUAGAAAACCUGUGCCUGGUACCAGAACAUUUUAAACAGGUGUCCUGUCCAGAAACAGAACUGUCUAGUAAAUACAGCAAAGAUCAGAGCCUGUACUGGAUUGCUGUUCAACAGUUACACAAUAUAGAUCCCUUACAUCAUCAUAUACAGGAAUCAAUAUUCACAAGACUGUUGGACAGAGAUGGUGACCCUGUCUGUGAAGAAGUUGCAAUAUCAGAGUCAGGUUGUGUGCUGUUUUACGAGUGCCAUUAUCCACCUUGUACAAAUAUGGAAAAACACAUCAGGGAGUUCAGUAUAUGUGGAAGAUGCCAAACCGUUAGGUAUUGUGGAGUAGGCUGUCAACAGAAGGACUGGCCUGUACACAAACAGUUAUGUAGGGAGAGAAUUAAACCAGAGAUUAUGGAGUAUCCUGAUAGAUAAGACUGAGUUGCUGUUCCUUAGUUCUCUUGUGUUCAUCAUGCGUUUAUCUACACAGAUCUUUUUCAUCAAGCAUCAGUUUACACAGAUCUUUUCAUCAAGCAUCAAUCUACACAGAUCUUUUAAAGUGUCUGUGAACACAGAUGAUACUUGGUCCAGUCUUUUUCACCAUAUUUUUAUGAGCUUCACAGCUCACUGAAAAAUGAUAAUAUUCUUUCUGAAGUGUCAGAGAUGAUAAUUACUAUACAGGGAUUAUGAAAAUGAACAGGGUUCAUAUUUCAGCGUCUUUACAUUGUAACAAAGAUCAGAAAAAAUAUUUUUAUAUUUUCCAUUGCAUUUGUUUUGCAUCUUGGUUGACCUUCGGUAAUGCAGAGUGCAAUUUUUCUUAGAAAUAAGUCAACAUAAAGCUUGGAAAAAACUUUUAUUUAUAGACAUGUAAUUGUUUACACAAUAUCAAAGAUUAUUUUAAUAGACAGGAAAUUUUCACUGUCAUGUACAUCUUCAUUUAUUUUGAGGAUUCUGUCUCAGUAUCUUUGUACUACUUUUUUUUUCAUGGACAUUAGACAAGUGCUUUUGUUUCUAACUUACAAUACAUUUUAAGUUUACAAUUCACAGCAGGUCCAAAGGUUUAAGACAAAAAGGCCUAAUUAUUUUUUAUUGGUAACUUACUGAUAAUGUCCAUCAGAUAUCAUUUGUUGUGGUAUUCCCAUGUAAUGUAGAUUUGUUGAGCAUUUCUGUAUAGACAUUAUUGUAGAUUGGGUAAAGAGUUAAUUGUAUUUCUUGGUUUCAGUUAUAAGCCAUUUUGGCUUUGGUUGGAGUUGUUGACUUGUUACUAGUUAUUUUUACUGGACAUGAUGAUUUCAAGCGGUAUUUGACUGGUAUAAAUUUGAUCCACUAUAACAAUUGACAUAAUUCGUUGCCUGCAUGUAGUAUAUUAUGUGGUUUCCAGAUUGUUGUUUUGUUGCGUAUUAAGGUACAUGAACGGUCCAGUAGAGCGAAUAUAGCAUACAACAAACUGUAACAGCACAUAAAUGAUCAUUUAUCAUUUCACAUCCAGUUCUUUAAUAGAUGUUAGCAAAAGUAAAUACAUUCCAGAUACAGUUGAAACUCAGUGUGUCACACUCGCUUAUUUCGAAAUUAUGGCCAUCUCGAAGAAGAAUUCAAGUCCCGUCCCAAAAACAUUGUACAAAAUGUCACUUUAAGUCAGAUUUGGGUUAUUUCAAAGUUGAAUGCUCGAACCCUUGGAAUAUACUGAGUUUCAACUGUAAAUAUGUAUCCCAAUCUACUGUAUUAUAUACAUGCAAUCCAUUUAUACCACUUAAGUUAUACAUGUUUUAUUAUAUACAUUACAAAGAAUUUUGUUUUUGAUUAUUUGAAAACUUUAUUUCUACAUCAGUGGAAUUGUUACAGAGCUAUUUUAUAUUGAACUUCACGCAAAAGAUGGUCAGUUGUCCAUCCAUAGACUUUUGUUUUGCUGAUAUGAAUAGAAUUUUUUAUCAAAUACAUUCCCUUAUUUGAAAUUUUGAAUGUCUUUUUUGUUACCGGAACGUUCAAGUUCUUCUGUUACUGAUAACUGCUAAUGUCAUUUUUUGCAAUAAACAUUCCAUGUUCACAGUUUUUUAAAAAGACUUCUACAUUUACUCUUAAUCUGUAAAAAACAUUCCAAGCAUAUGUCUUAGGUAGUCUUAUGCCAAUUAUUUUCAGUUAAAAACAUUGUGUAAUAGUUGCAUUAUUUUGCUACAAAGUAAAGUGGUGACUAUUAGAUUUAGGUACACCGAAAUCAACCCAGAUUUUUUGAAAGAACAGUUCUUUAUGUGAAAAACAUUCCAAGCAUAUGUUUUGGGUAGUCUUAUGCCAAUAUUUUCAGUUGAAAACAUUGUGUAAUAGUUGCAUUAUUUUGCUACAAAGGAAAGUGGUGACUUCUAAAUUUAGGUACACUGGAAUCGUCCAGGAUUUUCUUGAAAGGACAGUAACUGUUCUUUAUGUGUUGAAGUUGUUUUAUUUGUCAGACAUUCCUAUAAUCUGUUGUGACAAUACUCUUUGGACAACCUAUCAAACUAUAGCAUUCCAAAGUUUGCACAAAAUAUAUAUAAUAAUGUCAAUAACUUUGUGUUAUCACUAUUGCAGCUUAAUGUAGAUGUUGAAUUCAAUGCAUGCUGGUAGACAAUGCAAAAGCUGGACUGAUUAUAAUAAAAUCUGUUUAUUUCAGUCAUGUAAAUGGUAUACAGAACAACCAUUAGAAGUUUUUAACUGAAAAGUCAUGUUCAACUUUACAUGCAGAACUCUCACACCCGUCCGCUUAGCUCCGUAGGGAGAGCGUUGGUCUACGGAUUGCAGGGUCAUAAGUUCGUUCCCCAGGCAGGGCAUAUGUUCUCUGUGACGAUUUGAUAACAGACAUUGUGGGGAAGUUGGCAGUUACUUGCAGUGAACAGGUUUGUACUAAUACAGAAUCCAGGAACACUGGUUAGGUUAACUGCCUGCCGUUACAUGACUGAAAUACUGUUGAAAAAUGGCAUUAAACCCAAAACAAGCGAACAAACUCACAUGAACAAAGUUUGUUGCAGUAUCUUUUUAUUUAAUCUUUACCUUGCUAAAUUUCUGAAAUGGAUUGGUCCAUCAUUCAGUUUAGGCAGUGUCACUCUAUAUUGAAAGGGGCGUUCACUGAAAACUUACUGACUGAACAGCGAACUGUGCGACCAUGAUCAGACUGCACUAUUCAGUCAGUAAAUUUUCAGUGAACCCCCCUUCAAAUAAUGAAUGGUAUUGCCCAGAUGAAAUGAUGGACCAGUCCAUUUUAGAAAUUUAGCAGUGUAAAGGUUAAUAAUGUGAGAGUAUGUAUUAUUCAUAUCAAAUCAAAGAUUUGUAGGAGUUGUAUUUGUUGUUCAACCGUUGAGUAGAGAUGCACCAAAGUCCCAUAAUGCUUAACGUGUGUAACUGUGUAGUUUACAUGACACAAAACAAUAUAAUGUGCUAUUGUUUUUUAUAUUUCGAGAGUUGAACGCAAUACUUUCGUAAGUCCUUCUUUAUUUAAUAGGAGUUACGACAGUAUUGCGUUCAAGCUUCAAUUUGUACUUGUUAGUGUUCUGAUGAAGUAAAAAGUUUAUGUAAAAUUUAUGAAACAAGUUUCUUGUGUUUUUCGUGAAUUUUAUAAAAGAAAAAAACAGCAUAACAAUUUGUUGAUAUUCUAAAGGCAUGUUCUUUUUACUCUAAAAGUUUGUGGCCAAAAAUCUCGGAUUUAAACAGAAUCACAAAUCACUGCUGGUAACAUUGUUUUUUGUUUGAUUCUCUGUUGAAGUAUGCUUAUGGAUUCUUUAAAAGAAAGUUGUUUUUUUACGUACUUGUAUUAUUUGAAGAUCUCUUGAAAACCGCAAGCUUUUAACUACACUUGUUUUGAAAGAUUUUAUUGGGUUGGUUUUAAACUUGUCAAAGUUGUAAAAGUUGUGUCAUUUAUGACACUAAAACUGGCAAUAAUUUGAUUUGAUACAGAGUUGAAAUGGAAUAAUAAAAUAUGUGUUCUAUGAUAAAGCCGAAUUGUUUUGUGUUACAAAACUGGCAUUUUUUGUCGGCUUAAGAGUAUAGUUCUUGACUAUUAAUUUUAUUAAACACAUUUUAAUUUGUUUUGUUGUCACUGAUACCCACUUUAGAUUAAAGCUUUUACCAAAAAUGUAUUGAAAUAACAUUUUCUGUAUUACUGCUACGCAAUUAUUUUAUUUUUAUGUUCAUUGUGCCAUGUUUUCAUUAUUUUAUAUUUAUUUUAUGAAUUAUGUUGAUCUUGCUAUACUCCUGCCUAUUUCAUUUAUAUUUUUAAAGGAAUGAUUCUGUCAAGAUGGCAUUUAAUACUUUGUUGUUUAUAACAGUUACUUUGUUUAAAUACAGCUUUUAUCUGAUAUACCAAAUAUAGGUACGCAAUACAGAAACACCUUUCUAAAGCAGACACCGUUUACAAGAGAAAAAUGAAUUUGUUGAACAAAGAUUGUUGCUUUCAGGAGGUUAAUUUAGUGCAAACCAAUAUGUUUGUAGUCAAACCUUGUUUAAAGCCAGCCAUUUGAGUGAUUUGAUCUGAUCUCAGCGUGGCUGUUUAAGGCAGGUGACUGCAGAAGACAGGUUUUAAUUAGUACAAAAAGUCCAUUUGGGAAGAUUACUGACUGACAGUUUAAGGCAAGUGGCUACAUAAUACUGAUGAUCACUAAUGUAAGUUGAAAAACAGUGUCUGCCUUUAAAGGGGUAGUUUGCUCUCGGAAGCUGUCAUUAAGUUUAUAAAGGUUAUACUUCUAACUUUUAAAAGGUUAUUGAAGGUUUAAAUGCAAUUUAAAAAGUUCAAAUUUUUAAAUUUAGGAUUUCAUUUUGAAAUUUAAAAGUUGCAAACGAACAAUUUCAAUAUGCUACAUCACUGAAUUGCAAUUAGUUUACAAUUAACAUUUUGUUAAAGCUGACGUUUUUUUAAAGUUGGUUUUUGUAAGAAGUUAAGAAGUCAGGAAAUCAAGUUUUACCCAUUCAAGAGAAAGAAAACUCCAUUUAAAAAAACGACAGUUUUUAUUUUGACGAAAAGAAGCAAAAUUUCUGAACAUUUAACCCUUAGCCUGCUGGCGGCAGAUGAUUCUGCCUUUGCGACCAGUGCAGACCAAGAUCAGCCUGCACAUCCGUGCAGUCUGAUCAUGGUCUGCACUGUUCGCUAUUCAGUCAGUAAAUUUUCAGUGAAAACCCCUUUGAGUAAUAAGUGGUACUGUCCAAAUUGAAAGAUGGACCAGUUCAUUAAAGAAAUAUAGCAGGUUAAGGGUUAAACAUUAGUCGCAAUGCUGAUAUAAUAUAGUAAUACUAGUUGAUUAAUCAAAUGUACAUAAUUUUUAUAUGUAAUUUUAUUGUUUUGUGGUGAACUAACGGUGUGAUUUGAGUGCCCUAACCCACUAGUCAUAUAUAUUUAUUUACAAUGUACACAUUAUAUUUUACUAACAAUUCCUGCCUAGUCCAGUUUUGUUUUAGAACUAACAAAUUUUAGUCAAUUUUGUUGUAUUUAUAUAGUAUUCAGCUUGAAGAAUUAUUAUUAAUCAACUUUUAUUCAGAAAUUAGUGCAGAAGUUUUUGUAAGGUGUUUCGAAACCAUCGUAACAAGAUUAAGGACAUUCUCCAUAAGUAGUUGAACAGUUGGUUUUCCAGUUGUCAAAGGGGCAUAAUUCUGAUUCAGUUGGUUUUCAGCAUUAUUUAAUUUGGAAGGUAAAUGUUAUGGGAGACGAACUUGGUUGACCCUGGUUUUCUCCAUUGUUGACGGGGCGAGAUUGUUGAUUUUGGUUUCCCGCUGACAUCACUACCACCAAAAUUUCAAUUCGGUCUGAAAAUUUCUUCAUGUAAGAGGUUUAUAACAUUCGAUAGCAUUUGGAUGGAAAAAUUAGGCUUUCCUCCAUUUUGAAAACUGGAAGGUUGCCUUAUGGUCAUAAUAAAAUCUGUGAAAGGAUCCUUUGGAAGCAAAGAAUGCAACCAAGAACAUUAAUAGCAGACUUGGUUUGAUUGAGUCUGUUCAUGAGAGGUAAUGAAAUGUGCAACACCUCUCACGCCCCCUAGCACCGGCUUAAGCGAAACUCUAUUACACAUGUUGAAUGGAUUCCAUAAUCCCAAAAGACAAGAAAAUAUAACAAAACAAGUGUAAAUAAAACAAAAAACAAUAAGCAAAGCCCUUUUUUCCUGGGAAGAACCAGUGCUAAACUGAAAACUUAAACCAUUUUUCAGUCAGUCCUUUUCUUUUUUUGUUAACAGAUAAUGAGAUAAACUUCACAGGAUUAUCUAUCAAAUUAUGUUAAUGUAAAAACUUCUGCUCUGAUUUUUUUACCAGAUUAUGUAAUAUGUAAUUGUGAUUAAUUACUUAAUUGUUUAUGUUAUUACAAAUGCAUUAUAAAAGUAAUUGCUUUUGCAUUAAUUAAUUACUUAAAAGUAUGACUUAUGCAUUUUUUUCCGUUUCAGUUUCACAUCAAAAGAAAAAAAAAUUGUUUUAUCAAAAACAUUUUUGAUGCAUCCAUUCAAACUUACAUUUUCUGUGCAAUAAUUUCAAAAUAAAUCAUGCUGUUCUUCCUGUUAAAUAUUCAUGUUUACUCCCAGUGCAGAAAGGUAUUUCAGCCUAAAUGGAAACAAACUGCUUUUGUUUACAUGUAUUAAAUAAGACAUGAAUUAAAAAUUUGUAUGAUCUCACUUUUUAUGAAAGAAAACACGCAAGUAAAAAUUGUUACAAAGCACUUCAUCAUGUUCUUUACAUAGUAUUCGAAGCUUCUUUUACAAAAAUUUAACUUUUUUUUAAUCAUUAUUUACUAAUAAUUUGGCAUCAUAUAUUAUCUCCCUUUGUGAAAUAACGAACCUGACAUCAUGUAUUACCUCCCAUGGGAAAUAAUGAAUAGGACGUUAUGUUUAUGUGUGUGGCAAUUCAGAGUGAGAAUUUGUACCUAACCAAAAUUAUACUUGUCAUUCAGCUUUCACAUUGGGUAAUGAAUACAUGUACAGUUCAUUUUUACUCUGUUUAUUAACUGCUUAAAAUUGUACUGGUGCUAAAACAAAACUAAAGCUUCAAAUUGUCUCUCACCAUUCAGGUUUCAAAUGAUUCAAUUCACAGUGCACUAAAAUUGUAUAUUGUUACCAUAAUUUUUUACUGUUAUGUAAUUUGUAUAUUUUGAAUUGAAUUACGUUCCAGUUCAAAAGUUCCAGUUUCUUUGAGUUUUACCAUUCCAUUUUCUUUAUUGAUGUAAUUUCAUGUCCAAAAUAAAUAUCCUUUUCAUAAAACUUU